UAUAAAUACGUUAUUAGCAUAAAUCGUUCUGAACAGUCAGAAAUGAAGCCGCAAACAGGACGGAUCGUGAAGAGCAGUUCGCUGAGCUGGCUUUAUGCAUUUAUGCCCCUGAUGAUCGAUGCAGUUGGCGGGAGCGCUCAGUAUGCAUCACCUUAUGGCAAUGCUUAUGCAAUUACCACAUCCAACUACGCCAAUCCAGAUGUGCAAUCGCUAUGGUCGGGUCCUCCUAUCAUAGUGAAUGAUAAUCAGUACAGUGCCCAGGAACAGCAGCAGUAUCCAAAAGGCAAUGGUUAUUAUGGAGCGCAACCCUCCUAUAGACAACCAUAUCCACACUGGCGGAGAGAGGAGCCAACACGUGCCCCCAAUCACAACUACAACAAUGUGCCAGGCUACUAUUACUAUCAACAGCAGGAGAGUACGCCUUCACCACCACUCCGAUAUCCCCAAUCUUUUCCACCUCAGCUCCAGCCAUAUCCGCAAAGAAAUCCGGAGUUGGAUACCAGCGAUUCGCGUCGCGAUGAGGAGCAAGUGGUCCAAAUUGGCGGCAGUCGCUCCCUGGCCACAAAUAACUAUCCAAAUACGUACAAUAAUAACGAGAAUUUCUAUGAGCCCGCUCAGCCCUGGAGGCGUCGUGAUUUUCAGGCCAAAUAUGCCCAACAUUUCGCCGAAUAUUUGCGUAAAUUUCCAAGACGCCUGCAGCCAGUUUACAGCACCAGCGAAGCUUUCGAUGAGAAGUAGGGGUAAAUACCAAAUUGAAUAAAUCCCCUCAAGAGCCAUUAGGCUUUUCCUUGAAAGCGUGCCAAGAAAAUAAUUUUGUCUGCACUCGGAACAGAUCAAUUGCAUCCGAUAAAGAUAUGGAUGCAGCUGCUGUAGAGUCACAAGCAAGUAGAGUAAAUAUUGGUUUAUCCCCUUAAAAGGCGCUAAGAAAGUUCUUGUAUGUAAUGCAUAGAUAGUUCCCUAAGAGAUUCACAAUAAAAGUUGGUUAACAAAAUUA